AUGGUUUUAGCUGAUCUGGGUCGCAAAAUCAAUGGCGCCAUCCAGUCCAUGUCCAAGGCGAGCGUCAUCGACGACAAGGUCGUCGACGAGAUGUUGAAGGAGAUUUGCAAGGCUCUCAUGGAGUCUGAUAUCAACAUCCGCCUCAUCCAAAGUCUCCGUAAGAACGUCAAGGAGUCGAUCAACCUCGACGAGAACACUGGUGCCGUCAACAAGAAGAGAAACAUUCAAAAAGCUGUCAUGGAUGAGCUGACAAGUCUCGUCGAUCCAGGAGUAGAAGCAUGGAAGCCCAAGAAGGGAAAGGCCAACGUCAUUAUGUUUGUCGGUCUUCAGGGAUCCGGUAAAACCACCACCUGUACAAAGUUGGCCUCGUUCUACCAGCGCAAGGGAUGGAAGACUUGCUUGGUUUGUACCGAUACUUUCCGUGCUGGUGCCUUCGAUCAGCUCAAGCAGAACGCCACCAAGGCCAAGAUUCCAUACUACGGAAGUUACACUGAGACUGAUCCUGUGCAGCUUGCUCACGAGGGUGUGUCCAAGUUCAAAAAAGAGAACUUUGAGAUCAUCAUUGUCGAUACAUCCGGUCGUCACAAGCAAGAGCAGGAAUUGUUCGACGAAAUGCAACAGAUUUCUGCAGCAGUGACCCCUGACAGCACUAUCUUUGUCAUGGACGGUACUAUUGGUCAGGCUGCUGAUGCUCAGGCCCGCGCUUUCAAGGAAGCCGCCAACGUCGGAUCUAUCAUUGUUACCAAGAUGGACGGACACGCCAAGGGAGGAGGAGCCAUCUCUGCUGUCGCGGCAACACAGUGCCCUAUUAUUUUUAUCGGUACAGGAGAACAUAUGCACGAUCUUGAGCGUUUCGCCCCAGGACCAUUUAUUUCCAAGAUGAUGGGUAUGGGUGAUAUCAGUGGGCUCAUGGAGACUGUUCAGGAUAUGAAGCUCGACCAAAACAAGGAUCUGAUGAAGAAGUUGGAGCAGGGACAGUUCAGCAUCCGUGACAUGUACGACCAGUUCACGACCAUUUUGAAGAUGGGACCUUUGAGCAAGGUCAUGGGCAUGAUGCCUGGAAUCCCCCCAGAGCUGUUGGCUGGUACCGAGGCUGAGGGUGGAAACCGCAUCAAGCGAUUCAUGUGCAUCAUGGACAGUAUGAGCGCUCAGGAGUUGGAUGGCGAGGGCAAGGAGUUUGUGGAUCAGCCCAAGCGCUUGAUCCGUGUUGCUCGUGGAUCUGGAACGACUGUCGCUGAGGUUGAGACCCUGUUGCAGCAGUACAAGACGUUUUCGGCGAUGGUUAAGAAGAUGGGUGGUCAGAAUGGUCUGCUGAAGGGUAUGCAGGGUAUGCAGCAAGGAGGCGCCGGCAACCCAAUGAUGAACCAGAACAAGAUGGCUCAGGCCAUGAAGCAGUUGCAGAGCGGUGGACUGGGCAACAUCCCCGGUCUGGGAGGCAUGGACAUUCAGGGCAUGAUCAACCAGAUGGGCGGUAUGUCUGGUGUUCAGGACAUGAUGAAGGGCAUGAUGGGAGGUGGAGGAAUGCCUGGUAUGCCCGGUAUGGGAGGUCCAGGAGGCGCUGGUGGUAUGCCAGACUUUUCGCAAAUGGCCAAGAUGAUGAAGUCGAUGGGUAUGGGCUAA